AUGGGUGGUGUGUGGGAAAGAAUGAUUGGUGUAACAAGGAGAAUGUUGUCUACCACUACCAGCAAGUUAACCCACGAGGUCCUUACGAUAUUUAUGGCGGAAGUUAGCGCCAUCGUUAACUCUAGACCAAUAGUGCCAGUUUCAACCGAUCCGGAAAAUCCUACCGUAUUAUCGCCAUCUAUGAUUUUGACACAAAAAUCUGAUGUUGUCGAUACUCAUAGUUCUAUAGGAGAUUUUGAGUUGAAGGACAUUUACCGGGCUCAGUGGCGCCAUGUCCAACAUUUGGCAGAUCAGUUUUGGAAACGCUGGAAAGUGGAGUUUCUACAACAACUCCAGUCACGACGAAAAUGGACUGUGAAGAAGCGAAAUCUUCAAAUCGGUGAUGUUGUGCUACUCAAGGACAAAACUGUACAUCGAAACGACUGGCCCCUUGGGCGCGUUGUUAAUGCUAUCCCUAGUAAUGAUGGCAAUGUGCGUAAGGCAGAGGUUCGUGUUUUCAAGGACAACAAGUUCUCGACGUACACUCGGCCAAUCUGUGAAAUGGUUCUGCUAGUGUCCGAACACUAG